UUCUUUCUCGCGCCCUGUUUCUGCAUUGUGUCAAACCAUGUCCACCGAUAGACACAAUAGGAAAGGGCUAUAUUCGCAUUAAUACCGAUGACUACAUAGCCUUUACCAUCCCUUUCACUCCAUUCUCAUCGCUUUUGCUUCUAUGCUACUGAUGCUGAUUUGAGCGUCGGGUUUGCGUGUUUUUAGUCCGUCUCCAUCAAUCAUUCGCGCCGCCACCCAUGUGCAUCCCUGUCGUAGUUAUGUUAUCCUACUGCAACCUACUAUGAUCAUUUUUAAACAUUCUGCUGAAUCUCUUCGUUCUUUGAUUGAGUUAGUAUAGAAAAAAGCAGUUUGUUCUUCUGAAGAAGAAAUGGCCGAUGCAAGAGUAGCGAGGACGUUCUAGCAAUGUGUCAAUAAUUAAACUAAAUCAUUCUUCAUUAACCGCUCAUUUACUGUUAACAGAGACUACUGAGACUUUGGAUUUUUGAAAAAUGUCAACAUAGAUUCUGGAUUAUUUAGUAUGAAUAAAAGGCCAAUCCAAGUUCGCCACAAAACGUUCCUGUGAAUCCUAUUCGUGAAGAAGCGCAGAGACAAGCACAACAACGUCUCCAAGAUCCGGCGCAUCAACAUCGGAGCACCAUUGAUGUGUUCUUUGGAAGUGACAUACACUGAGUGUUGCCACAUUGAACGCGGAGGAGUCGACGAACAGCAGGCAGCUGAUAUUGGGGAGCCAGUGAGUAUUAAAGGAAGAAAACCUGUUUGUCGCCUGCCAUUUCCAAGAGCUAGGGGUGAUGAUCUGUUAAGAUCACCAGUUUCUCACUCCCUGCUGGCAGCAGCGCUGUUCAGAGGUGUCUGUUGAGAAGUUGGACGUGAAGUGGACUGACCUCUGGAGCCAGCUGACACGAAUGUUCGGACGCUGGCAUGUUCCGAACCCGAAUUCUGAGCCUUGCCCGUCCCUCCGCCUCCUCCUCCUGUCUCUCCACCUCCCUCUCCACCUCCCUCUCCCUUCUCUUACUGCUCACGCACCUCUGCCAGGCCAGUUCAGACCACGCAGCCCCCGGCAGGCCGCCGAACAACUGCUCCGAUGGGGAUCCCUGUUCUGAGGGCGUGGUCCUUCCCAUGUGGAACCCCCAGAACCCGUCGGUGGGCGACAAGGUGGCGCGGGCCAUCGUCUACUUUGUGGCUCUCAUCUACAUGUUCCUGGGCAUGUCCAUCAUCGCCGACCGCUUCAUGUCUUCCAUUGAAGUCAUCACCUCUCAGGAGAAAGAGAUCACCAUCAAGAAGCCCAACGGGGAGACCAGCACCACCACCGUCCGCAUCUGGAAUGAGACAGUGUCCAACCUGACCCUGAUGGCCCUGGGCUCGUCUGCCCCGGAGAUCCUGCUGUCCGUUAUCGAGGUGUGUGGCCACUCGUUUGAGGCCGGCUCUCUUGGCCCCAGCACCAUUGUCGGUAGCGCGGCCUUCAACAUGUUCGUCAUCAUCGCCCUCUGCGUGUACGUGGUGCCGGAGAACGAGACGCGCCGGAUUAAGCACCUGAGGGUGUUCUUCGUCACGGCGGCCUGGAGCAUUUUUGCGUACAUAUGGCUCUACCUGAUCCUGGCUGUCAUCUCCCCGGGCGAAGUGGAGGUCUGGGAGGCCGUGCUCACCUUUAUGUUCUUCCCCAUCUGCGUGGUUCAGGCCUGGGUUGCCGACCGACGCCUGCUCUUCUACAAGUACAUCCACAAGCGCUACCGCGUGGACAAGGCUCGUGGCAUCAUCAUUGAGACGGAGGGAGACGGCAUGUUCACCAAGAUGGACAUGGAGAUGGACGGCCAGGGGGGCAACUCCCACCACCAUCCCAAGGACAUGCUAGAUGGAAUGCUGGAUGGGGCAGAGGAAGGCGGUGGGACAGGCUCAGAGGAGGACGAGGCUCGACGGGACAUGGCCCGCACCCUAAAGGAGCUGAAGCAGAGACACCCAGAGAAGGACACGGAGCAGCUGAUCGAGAUGGCCAACUACCAGGUGCUGGUUCAGCAGCAGAAGAGUCGGGCUUUCUACCGCAUCCAAGCCACUCGCAUGAUGAUCGGGGCUGGGAACAUCCUGAAGAAGCAUGCUGCCGACCAGGCCCGGAAGGUGGUGAGCUGCCACGAGGCCAGCGGACAGGAGGAGGACCCCCACACCAUCUAUCUGCAGUUUGAACCCUCUCACUACCAAUGCUUUGAGAACUGCGGCUCCCUCAAACUGUCGGUCGGGCGCCAUGGGGGCGAAAGCGGCUGUACAGUCAAGGUGGACUAUCGAACAGAGGACGGCACGGCCAACGCCGGCUCAGACUAUGAGUUUGCUGAGGGCACAUUGGUCUUCAAACCUGGAGAGACAGUGAAGGAGCUGACCGUGGGAGUGAUUGACGAUGACAUAUUCGAAGAGGACGAGCACUUCUACGUUCAUCUCAGCAACCCUCGUAUCGUCCACCGCGCCGAGACGGCCGUCCUGGAACCCAGCACCAUAACCACCACCAGCAGCAUGAGGAACCUCUCCCCCCACGUUCCCCCCAAGGCUGCCCUGGGCAAUGCUCACACCGCCACGGUAACCAUCUACGAUGACGACCACGCGGGCAUCUUCACGUUCGAGGUCGAUUCCAUGAGAGUGAGCGAGAGCGUGGGCACCAUGCAAGUGAAAGUGCACAGGACGUCCGGGGCCAGGGGCAAGGUGGCCAUCCCCUACCACACCCAGGAGGGCACAGCCAAGGCAGGGGAGGACUAUGACGAGGUGGCCGGCAAACUGGAGUUCCAGAACGACGAGACCAUGAAGUUGUUGGAGGUUAAGAUCAUUGAUGAUGAGGAGUAUGAGAAGAACAAGACGUUCAUCAUCCAACUCGGGGAGCCGGUCCUGCUGGACAUCGGACGGAAACAUGGAGACACCAAUGACAACAAGCCAGCAGUAAAUGAUGAGGAGGAGGUGUCCAAGAUGGGCUGUCCCAGCUUGGGAGAACACACCAAACUGGAGGUGGUGAUUGAGGAGUCCUAUGAGUUCAAGAACACGGUGGAUAAACUGAUCAAGAAGACCAACCUUGCCCUGGUGGUAGGAAGCAGCAGCUGGAGAGAGCAGUUUGUCAAUGCUGUCACUGUCAGUGCAGGUGAUGAUGAUGAGGAGGAGAGUGGGGAGGAGCGGCUGCCGUCCUGUUUUGACUACAUCAUGCACUUCCUCACAGUGUUCUGGAAGGUUCUGUUUGCCUUUGUCCCGCCCACAGAGUACUGGAAUGGCUGGGCCUGCUUCUUUGUGUCCAUCUCUCUGAUCGGUGUUCUGACUGCUGUGACUGGGGAUCUAGCCUCUCAUUUUGGCUGCACAGUGGGGCUGAAGGACUCGGUCACUGCCGUGGUAUUUGUGGCCCUGGGUACUUCAGUGCCAGACACCUUUGCCAGUAAAGUGGCGGCCAUCCAGGACCAAUACGCUGACGCCUCCAUUGGCAACGUGACGGGCAGUAAUGCAGUGAAUGUGUUCCUGGGCAUCGGUGUGGCGUGGACCAUUGCGGCCGUCUAUUGGAAAACCAAGGGCAAGAAAUUCCUCGUGGAGCCCGGCUCGCUGGCCUUCUCCGUCACCCUGUUCACCAUCAUGGCGUUUGUCUGUGUGCUGGUGCUGAUGUACCGCCGCCGAGCCGGCGUGGCAGGAGGUGAACUGGGGGGUCCGCGGACCGCAAAGUUCCUCACCUCCAUCCUGUUCUUCUCCCUCUGGCUCAUCUACAUCAUGCUGGCCUCCCUGGAGGCGUACUGCCACGUGCCAGGCUUCUGAGAGACACGGAGACCGCUCGUCUCUUACUGUUUACAUGUCUAGCCCUCUCGUUGUCGUGUACUUUUCUCAGUGUUUUGAGGUGUUUAUAUCGUCAGUUAUUAUUGCUACAGUGGUUGCUUCACUCUGAAGACUUGUCUCUCAUUUAUAAUGAUGUGAAUGGGAGCCGUAGUCAUUUUGUGGGAAGAGUACUAAGACCAGCUGUUAUUGACUUGGUGUAUACUGGAUCUUGGGAGGACUUAUACCUUGAGGUAUAGCUUUUGUCUGACUAGGCUGUCUGCACAAAUGAGGGAAAUGAAAUUACACUAGGCAUUUUUGAGAAUGCUCCUAUUUUGUUAAUAGUCUAUCUUGAACCCUUUGGCCACACGGCCCCUUUCAGAUGGGGCACAGCACUCAUUAAUCAGUCACCGUGUUUUGGAAAGAAUGCACAAUGACUCAGAGAUCAAAGCUGGCCUAGGUACUCCCACUCUCCAAACCACAACAUUGGUUCCUGGUUGACCAACAAUCUAACCCUACCAAGCACAAUUAUUCUCUGCCCUGAACAUUGUGAUCCCAUCCUCUCUCUUAUUUCCAACACUGUCAUGUGCUUGUCUUGUAGACAUUUUAGAAAAUUAUGUUCAUGUUUUUGAAAAGCCAAGUUAGUAAGAAUGUUUGAAGGUUUUGUAGAUUAAACAAUGCCAUACUUGAUCUGUAAAGAGAGCACAUGUCAUGGGAACCAUUGAGUGGGAGAACUAGUUAGCAUUGUACAACAUUAGAAUUAGCAGCUACUGAGACCAAAACAUUAUGUAAAAUGUUUUUCAGGAAAUGGUGAUCAGUUGAACAAAGCUGUCAGUGUUUGUUAAUAAGGUCAAUAUUCAUAUUAAUUAUCUGGAACUAUUGUAUAUCAUGUAAAAGAUAAAAUCACUACUAGGUGUGUACAUGUGGGAAAUAGACUGAGAGUGUGAAUGUGUCUUUUGCAUGUGUUGGAUGAAGAAUUGUAUGAUAGAAACAUUUCGAAGUAUGUACAACUUUUUAAUAUGGCUACAAUCAUAAUUCGUUUGGGUGCUUAUAUUUGUCCUAUUUCACACAUGUAAAAGGUAUAUGCGUUUGUGAAUUUGGAACAUGUCUCAUUCUUCCUGGGGUGUCCUCAGAGGGUGGGAUCAUAGCCGGGGAAUCCGACGUUAUUGAUGCAACCAAUGAGCGAUUACGGUUUAACUGCCUUGCUCAAGAGCGGAACAACACAUUUCCUUUCUACCAUGUUGGCUCUGGGACUCGAUUCAGCAACCUUUUGCUUACUGGCCCAACACUUUGAACCUGUCCCACGUCAUAAUGAGUGUAAGUCUAGGUGGGAAUCCAAGCUAAGCACAGAAAAAUGUCUAUCACUGCCUGUCUCCUUGAUCCAAACAGUAGCCCUUUAGACACCUGGUUCCCACAUGCUUCCUUUGUCCUAAUCUUAUCCAGAUUCUAAUUAUGCCCACAUCUUUACACAGGUGUAGCUUAAAAUAACUGUUCUGAUUGUGAUAAGGUUUUGCAAGGGUACACACACAGGAUGACAUCAAUAUCAGGACAAAGAUUGCAUUUUAGAGGCAGGCAUAAAAAGGGCUUCUGUCUAGUGACAACCUCUUGCAAACCUCUUAAAGGACGGAAAUCAAUGUGACACAAGACCUGCCACAUUAUUUUUGCUUCUUUAAGAGUGUUCUUUGAAAUAUACAUUUGGGACCAUGUUAAAACAGAUUCUUUCCUAAGAUGUUAUGAAUGGGGAAGCGUAUGGGUGUGGAUCAUAAUUCAAGGUAUUUGUUCUCAUUGUCUUCAGACUUACUGUGGAUGGCAUGACUUCAUACCUUCAACAAAUGUUUACUCAGAAAAGGGUAUGGAUUUCAACAAUGAAAUGUCUACACUUCUACUGAUGUUCCAGAAAGGAAUCCUCUCAAAUCUCUGUUACAUUCAGAGUUGGAAGAUGUUUCGGCUACAUGACUGUCAAAGCACUCCAUACAGGAUAAAUAUUAUUUUGAAACCUUAAGGUUAGUUAGUUAAUUUCCUACAAAUAUCACAAACGUAUCCGUAUAUAGAGUUUGUAAUUUUAACAAAAUAACUAUAAUAUUAUGAAAAAACAGUAAAACCAAAUUUUUGCCAAAACCUUCACAGGACAAUGUGUAGACCUCAUAUUUUUGAAAUCUAGGAUCCUCAGAUCCUUGAUAAUAAUUUCUAGAUGUGUUCAUAAUUACCUCAUUGCUGCUUUUAUUUGGAUUUAAAUGCACGCUAAAUGUAUUUUCUGUGGAAAUAAAAGUUAUU